AUGACUGACAUCAAGAGCAACCGAGAAUUGUACCAGCAGUACACAGCCUCGGCGCCUAGGCUGCUGGCCCGCAUCUCCGAACUGCUCAUCAGUUGCCGGAACGCAGGUAUUUCUGUACCUAAGGGCAUCAGGAACAUCUUUGAGUUCACUUGGGAGGAGCUCACUGCUGACCCCAUGGUGCCUACCCCGUCCGACAUCAUGGGCCUGGAGAUCAACAUUGGACCCCCACCCGUGGUGCUUAUGGAAUCAGCCGCCACGCAGGCCCCUGUCCAAAAGAAGCCACCACCAGUACCAACACCACAGUUGCUGCCCACAUCCACUGGGCGAGCCAAGAUAACCCAGUCUCCCACCCAUGGCUAUCUAGCACAGUCUGGCCAGGAGACCCUGCACAGAUUCCAGCAGCAGUCUAUCCACCUGCUGACAGAGCUGCUCACCCUGAAGAUGAAGACCAUGGUGGAGUCCGUGUCUGUAGGUGCCAAUCCCCUGGACAUCACAAGGCGCUUCGUGGAGGCCAGCCAGCUUCUCCACCUCAAUGCCAAGGAGAUGGCUUUUGACUACCUGAUCGGCACAAUGGGGAGAAGUAGCCGGGGUGUUGGACUGAUAGGGAAAGAUUCCUCCAUGAACACUCCAGCCAUGGGAGUGAACACACCUUACCAGCUUGUCUAUGAGUCCUCUACUGGCUGUCUGAGCUUUUCUCUUUCAACUGGAAAGGAAGUCAAGAAGAAAACAGGCAAAUCAAAAAACGUAGAAGACAUAACCAUGCCGUCCUUCCAACGAGGAGCUGGAAUCUCUGCCUCCAACAGUAUAGAGUUCAGUGACCCCUGCCCUGAGGCCCGGGAGAAGCUGCAGGAGAUGUGUCGCCAUAUAGAAACCGAAAGGGCCUUGUGGAAAGGGAGGAAUUUCUCCUGCCCCCUGAUCUUUCGCAACUACAGGGCAAAGGUGCCUUCUCAUCUAAUGUCAGCCCCGAAAGGGGACGCUCAGAGCCCAAGCUCCCACCAUCCUAACCCUCCAGGUGCUCAGACUACCACUUCCACCGUUCACCAGCCCCCCGCCCACCACCAUCCUCACUUCGUCCGGCAUUCUCAGGAGUGGAAGGUAUCCAAGAAGAUCAUCAAGUUCCAUUACGCCUUCUAUGAUGGGUCCUCCUUUGUGUACUAUCCCUCUGGGAACAUCGCCAUGUGUCAGAUCCCCACGUGCUGCAGAGGGAGAGCCAUCACCUGCCUCUUUAAUGACACACCCAGCUUCUUUCUGGCUCUGUUCAAUGCUGAUGGACAGGGCUGUGUUCACUACAACGUGAAGGCCUGUUGCCCAUACGUCCUGGUCUUGGAUGAGGAAGGUGGGACUGCCAAUGACUACAAGGGCUACGUAGUCCACAAAUGGAGCUGGACUUCCAAGACGGAGACUUUGCUUUCCCUGGAAUAUAAGGUCAAUGAGCAAAUUAAGCUGACGGUGCUGAGCCAGGACUCCAUCAUGGUCACCUUCACCUCCCUAAAUGAAACAAUAACACUCUCUGUAUCAGCCAGCAAUUGUCCCCAUGGGGUAGCGCAUGAAAAACGGCUGCUGACCCGCAUGGAUGACAAAAUAUUUAAGAUGAACCGAGCUCUGGCAGAGAUCAAGAAGCGGUUUAAAAAGACAGUGUCACAAUUUAUGAAUUCUGUCUUGCUGGCAGCAGGCCUGUUCACCAUAGAAUACCCAGUUAAGGAAGAGACAGAAAUCAGUCGAGCCAAGGUAAAAUCGAGUCCCUAUCUCGAGCGGAGCACCAAGCCAAGUUUAUACUCAGGAGAAGCCCUCUUAUUACGAUCUCAGUCAGCCCGACCUGAAUCCUCAAUUGGAGAGUCUUUGAGGGAAGAGCCUAGGUCUGUUUCUAUAAGCCCCACUCGGAAGAAGAGCAUCAAGAUCCAAGCCAAAGCCGUGGUCACACCCAGAGGAAAGUCUGGAGAGGUGCGCAGCCCUACCAGGUGGGCGGCCUCGCCCUCCGACUGCCCGCUGGUGCUGCGGAAGCUCAUUUGCAAGGAAGACAUCCGGGCUGGCUGCAGGUGCAUGGUGAAGGCACCCUUGGUAACCGAUGUGGAGCUGGAACGCUUCCUGUCUGCACCCCGAGACCCCAGCCAGGUACUGGUGUUUGGGAUAGUCUCAAGCCAGAACCCCACCAGCACCGCACAGCUCCAGUGGCUGCUCGACACACUCCACAGUCACCGGCAGCAGGGCCGCGCCUCGCCCUGCAUCCAGUGCCGGCAUGACCCAUACCGCCUGCUGCGGUAUGACCUGGACAGCUCUCUGCAGAAGGACCCACCCCUGCUGGUGAAGAAGUAUGCUGUGGUGCCAGGGAUGGUUCUGAUGUUCGCAGGGGGGAAGCUCCUUUUUGGUGGCUGCAUUUUGAAUGGAUAUGGCUUUAGCAGGCAGAAUCUGCUGAAACAGAUCUUCCAGGCUCGACAAGACUGCAAGAUGGGCUACUUCCUGCCAGACAACUACAAAUUUAGCAUUCCAACCUAUAUCCCAGUCCUGGAAGACCCCAACUCAGCCAAGAAAGCAAUAUCGGCAGACAUCCAAGAAAGCUUCUCCUCGUUGGCCAUGGGGGACAAGAUGGAGGAGUCCCCUCCUGAAACUGAGAAAGUGAAACCGCCUGAAGUGGAUCUGCCUGUUCUCAGCAAAGCCAGGAGCGGCAGUAAGAAGGCGGUCCCCUGGAAAAAACAGGCCUUCAAGAGAUGA